GCGUCCUGCGCCUCGCGUCCUGCGGAGGGGAUGAAUUUCGCGGUGGGGUUCAAGUCCUUAGGGGGGGACACGCAGACCAUGGACAACCUGGAGAAGCAGCUGAUCUGUCCCAUCUGCCUGGAGAUGUUCACCAAACCCGUGGUCAUCCUGCCCUGCCAGCACAACCUGUGCCGCAAGUGUGCCAACGACAUCUUCCAGGCCUCCAACCCGCUGUGGCAGUCCCGGGGCUCCAGUACGGUGUCCUCAGGGGGGCGUUUCCGGUGUCCGUCAUGUCGCCACGAGGUGGUCCUCGACAGACACGGAGUGUACGGACUGCAGCGGAACCUGCUGGUGGAGAAUAUCAUAGACAUCUAUAAGCAGGAAUCAUCCAGGCCACUGAACACGAAGACGGAGCAGCAUCUGAUGUGUGAGGAACACGAGGAGGAGAAGAUCAAUAUUUACUGCCUGACCUGCGAGACUCCCACCUGCUCCAUGUGCAAGGUGUUCGGGGCCCACAAGGACUGCGAAGUGGCCCCUUUGUCCAGCAUCUAUAAAAGGCAGAAGGUACUUCCCUGGGAAAAUAUCUGGAGACCCGUAUCCUAGCUGUGGUU